UUUGUUUUUCUUCGUGUUUUUUUUUUUUGCGUUUCCCUGCGCCUCCGCUCCGCUCUCCAAUAGGGCAGCGCAAAAUGGCUGAGGGCUGACUCGCCCGGAACCGCACGCUCCGGCCCCGCUCCGCUCCGCUCAGCCCCCGGCCCCGCCGCGACCCCCGCCCGCUCGGCGCAUUGUUCCGGGGCGGGGGAGCAGGGCAGCCCCGCUCGGAGCCCCUCCGGUCUUUUUUUGCCUCUCUCCGAAGAGGACGCGGCCCCCCGUGAGAACCCCGGCAGGUUGAUUUGGGGCUCUCCCCUCCCUCCCUUUGCGAAACCCAUUUUCUUUUUCAUUCCUAUUUAUGAACGGAGGCAGCGCCUGAAUGGUUGGCCUGUCCUCCGCUCAGCUCUCCCAUUCACCACCUCACAAUUCCGAAGCAGCCGAGAGGGUUUUUUCCCCUCGUUUUUUAUCCUCUCUUGUCUUUUUGCCCCCUCUUCUUAUUAUUUUUCCUUAUUUUUGCUGCAAACCUUUGGGGCUGCGGAGAGAAUUCGUGGGUUUUUGUUGGCUUUUUUUUUAAUUAUUGUUAUUUCACCGUCGUCAUCGUCGCUGUUAUUUUUUUUUUCUCAAUUUGCUCAGUCUUCCUCCUUUUCCCGUUUUGGAUCUUAACCCUUUGAUCUGUCUCCUUUAAAAGACUCCGAUUCUGAGCUCGCAUCGCGGAGAAAGCCGGGAUAAAGCCCGGAGGCAGCCCAGCCGCUCUGCUGUAGUCAGCUGGGGGGGGGUGGGGGCGACAGAAGUCCCUUUAAAAUAUUGAAUGUCGGCGGCGAACCCAAGGAACGAAAAAUCAAACCCGGAGCGCUGAAUUUCGGAGCUUUAUAUGGAACGCGGAGCCCGGCGCUGGAUUUUGUAUGGAUUUCUUUCAACCUUCGGGCGACGCGACCCCGGUGCCCGUCUGUAGACCCAACUGAGACAUUUGGUGGGGAGAGCCGCCAGCGAGCGCCGGCAGCGAUGGCCGAGAACUGGAAGAACUGUUUUGAGGAGGAGCUCAUCUGCCCCAUCUGCCUGCACGUCUUCGUGGAGCCCGUCCAGCUCCCCUGCAAGCACAACUUCUGCCGGGGCUGCAUCGGUGAGGCGUGGGCCAAGGAGACGGGCUUGGUGCGCUGUCCGGAGUGCAACCAGGCGUACAACCAGAAGCCCAACCUGGAGAAGAACCUGAAGCUCACCAACAUCGUGGAGAAGUUCAACUCUCUCAACCUGGAGAAGCCUCCCUCUGUCUUGCACUGCGUCUUCUGCCGCCGGGGCCCGCCGCUGCCUGCACAGAAGAUCUGCUUGAGGUGCGAGGCCCCGUGCUGCCAGUCCCACGUCCAGACCCACCUGCAGCAGCCCUCCACGGCCCGUGGGCACCUCCUGGUGGAGGCGGACGACGUGCGGGCCUGGAGCUGCCCCCAGCACAAUGCCUACCGCCUGUACCACUGCGAGGCCGAGCAGGUGGCCGUCUGCCAGUUCUGCUGCUACUACAGCGGGGCCCACCAGGGACACUCGGUCUGCGAUGUGGAGAUCCGGCGCAAUGAGAUCAGGAAGAUGCUGAUGAAGCAGCAGGACCGGCUGGAGGAGCGGGAGCAGGACAUUGAGGAGCAGCUCUACAAGCUGGAGUCUGACAAGCGGCUGGUGGAGGAGAAAGUGAGCCAGCUGAAGGAUGAGGUGCGCCUGCAGUAUGAGAAGAUGCACCAGAUCUUGGACGAAGACUUGCGGAAGACCAUGGAGAUCCUGGACAAGGCCCAGGCCAAAUUCUGCAAUGAGAACGCAGCCCAGGUCCUGCAUCUCAAUGAGCGCAUGCAGGAGGCCAAGAAGCUCCUCAGCUCUGUCCAGGUCAUGUUUGACAAAACUGAGGAUAUCAAUUUCAUGAAGAACACCAAGUCCGUGAAAAUCCUAAUGGACAGGACCCAGAACUGUACUGGUGGCAGCCUGCCUCCACCCAAAAUUGGCCACCUCAACUCUAAGCUCUUCUUGAACGAGAUCGCCAAGAAGGAGAAGCAGCUCAGGAAGCUGCUGGAAGGUCCCCUGAGCACCCCCGUCCCCUUCCUGCAGAGCAUCCCCAUGUACCCGUGCACCGUCAGCAACUCCGGCGCGGAGAAGCGCAAGCACUCCACUGCCUUCCCCGAGGGCAGCUUCCUCGAGCCAUCGUCCGGGACUGUGGCCAGCCAGUACAUGAGCCAGGGCGCGUCGGCCGGCGAGGGGCAGUCCGCACAAGCCAUGGUGCCUUGUAGCUCCACGCAGCACAUUGUAGGACUUCCCAGCGGCCCGCAGCCGGUGCACUCGGGCUCCGUCUUCAACCCAUCUCACUACCCCAACACCACGUCAUCUCAGCAGUCCGUGCUCUCGCAGUACGGCGGGCGCAAAAUCCUCGUCUGCUCGGUGGACAACUGUUACUGUUCCUCGGUGUCCAACCACAGCGGGCAUCAGCCCUACCCACGCUCGGGGCACUUCCCCUGGACAGUCUCCUCACAGGAGUACUCCCACCCGCUGCCGCCCGCGCCCGCCGUGCCCCAGUCGCUGCCGGGACUUGCCGUGCGGGAUUGGAUUGAUGCGUCCCAGCAGCACGGCCGGCAGGAUUUCUAUAGGGUGUACGGCCAGCCCUCGGCCAAACACUACGUCACCAGUUAACCCGGCGGACGGCGCGUCCGAGAGAGGAGUUGUGCUUCGUUUGGGCUUUUUGUUGGUUUUCUUUGCUUUCGAAUCAAACCCAGCGUCCUUCCGCCUCGCGCCCCUCCAGGAUUUUGGGGAGGGUUUGUCUCUCAUCUCCUUUAUAUUUUCAUUUUUAAAAGAAAUAAUAAUGCUUAUUUCCUUUCCAUUCUUUUUAAUUUAAUUUCGGAACGUCCCUCCUGCCCCUUGCCAGAAAAGAUGAGGGGGGAAUUAAGGAGAAGCAGUGGAUGGGGAUCUGCGUUGGGCGCGUUGCCCUCGCUCGCUGCCGACACUCCGAAGGGACAAUGGCACCUUCUCUGCUCCCGCUCCUUGCAGUUAUUCUUUUGGUUUGGUUCACUUUCCCCCUUUUCCUGACCUUUCUUUUUCCCUUUUCAAAAUGAAAGAAAAGAAAAAAAAAAAACCUAUCAUUGAUUCAGUAUGAAAUGAUACGUGUAGAUUUUGGGUUUGUUUCUUUUAUUUUUUUUUUUAAAGGCUGAUUUUUUUUGCGUUAAAGGCCACCACCUCUCACACGUCUCGGCGUUGGUUGGUUUUGGUUUGAUUUGUUGUUUUUUUUUUUCCCCUCUCCUUUCAGAGAUUUGUAAAUACACAAUGGCAGGAAAUUUAAUGCACAAAAAACAAACAAACAAACAAACAAAAACAAAAAAAAAAAAAGGGAAAAGAAAAAAAACCACGAAUAAAUAAUAAUAAUUAAUAAAACAACAAGAACAACAAAAACUGUUCUAGUUUUCAGGAGGGGAAGCGUUGCCAAACGCACCCCCCCGCGUAUCGCUGAUGCAACUUCCUGUAACAAGCACUUUGUAUAAAAAAAAGUGGACUUCCUGCUAUAAGGCACAGGUAUUUAUUCUGUAACCAAUUUUAGAACACACACACACGCACACACACACACACACAAAUAUUCAAAUAAAUGUGAUCACUUAGUGCAAC